UCAGAAGCUCCUUCAAUAUUCACCAGCUCUCAAUUCAUCCCCUGUAUCACCACAGCAGCUCCUGCUGCUGCUUCUUCUUCUUCUUCUCUCUCUCUCUCUCUCUCUCUCUCUCUCUCUCAAAUGUCCACGACUCCACACCACAAGGGAGCGCUGGAUGGUUCGACCAUUGUGAGCGUGGAGAAUGAUCCGACCGGUGAGAAAUAUGUCAAGAAGAUGGUGAUAAAACCCACCGCACUCGACGUCACUUGGGGCAACGAUCCCCGCUACUGGUCCAUCGACAAAAUCGGAGGAGCUAUCUCGUUGCACCAAGUGUCGUGGCUCGAGGUCAGCGGCGCAUUCGACAACAGUGCACUCGACAAGGUGAAUGCGAAGCUCGAUUACGCAAAUAACUAUUCAUUGAAGUUUCGAGUGAGGAUGAAGGCGGACGCCUUCGGGUGGAGUGGCUGCCCGGUGUACCUGUUGGUCAAGCAUGCCGUCGACAAUAAGUUCAAGUGGAAGAAGGUUGACCUAAGCCGACUAACUGCCGGAAUGGUCGUGGAUAUUCCAGAGUCUCCAGACAAGCACACCUUUAGGCCUCCCGCUGACAAACUCAUCUUCGGAUUGUUUGAGAUUUGGAGGGGCAGAUGGAAGGGAGGACUCGAGAUCUUACAAGUCAUCAUCGAAAGGGACCAACAAUAAUCAACAUACACACACACACACACUUCCAUAUGGUGUGAGCUUAUGCCUAUUUCGUGUUCAGAUUGUAUACGAAUAAAAGUCUGAUGUGGUGGAGAAACGAGGCUUCUCUGUGGUUUGGCAUGUAAUGUAGUACUUUAUGUUUGCGUAACACGAGAAUGACUAAAUGAAUAAACACGUUCCCUUCCGGUGAA